UGCAAAAGAAAAAACAUACUUAGUAGUUUCUGGGCGCAGCGACUCGCCGUAGAUUUGGCGCGUAUUGAAAAACGUAAACAGAGUCUGGAAACAUGGAGGAAAGCGAAGCCCCAGCACAAAAUGAGACCGUAGAUCAAGAUUGUGUUAAAGACUCAGCUGUAAAACGAUUGAAUGAAGCAGAAGGAGAAGUUUCCUCACAGGUGUCAAACCCUGGUUCAGUUUGUAAGCCGCCCGAGGAGGCAGAAGCUCGAUUUAAGAGGCUGAAGCUGUUUGACAAAGUGAUGCAGAAGAGCCUGGGGAAGUUCAUCGACCAUGCCAGUUUUAACAGAUUUGCCAGCACUUUUCGGCCGCUGUACAAGAAGAACCCACAGAGGAUGGAGCGCAUUCACAAGCAGUUCAUUGAGGAGCUGCAGAGGACUAUACAGGAGGACAUCACCAGAUUGAUUGAAGAAGGUCACUUAGAGUUAAAACUGAAUGAGCUGGACCAACUGGAGAGUGCUGCCAAGAAAAACCCAGACCCUGCAUGGCGACCGAGUGGAGUUCCUGAGCAGGACUUUUGCAGCUUUUUGAUGCCAUACUAUCAAAAGCAGGAGAACUACAUGCGACAGGAGCUGAAAAAGAUUCAAGCAGAGAAUGCUGCCCUUGCACAGAAAGUACAGGCUGGCAGAGAGAGUCUUGCUCAGACUGAAUAUCGUAUUUCUACCACUGUUGAUGAGUGGAAGGCCUCGGUCACGGAGUUUGAAAGGCUGGCAUCUUCUCUUAACCCUGCUGAUGUCUUUGAUGUGUGAUCUUCAAAUAAUUUGUCCUGCAGAUAUAUAUAUAUAUAAAACUUAACUGUAAAUUUUGCAUUUGUUCACCAUGCCUGUUUGUCUGAAAAUAAACCAAGAAAUCUUG